AUGUCAGCCGUUCCAGCUGGUGUUCAAAAUUUUGUUGGAUUCGAUGAAGUCGCUAUGAAUAAUUAUCUAGACUAUGUAUUGUUGAUGACAUAUGACUUCCAUGGAGCUGGGUGGGAGAGUAACACUGGACACAACGCACCUUUAUUUGGACAACCACCUUAUACAACGAAGGGAUGCGCGGACGAAUGGAUAAAUAAGGGUCUCAGAAGUGACAAAAUUGUAAUUGGGUUAGCAUUUUAUGGUCGUACAUGGCGAUUACAAAGUUCCGCUAAUUAUAGCGUUGGCGCGCCAUCUGUAGGUGUUGGAUCUGGUGAUGGAUUUUUGGCCUUGAAUGAUAUAAGUAACUCAAAUUGGAAUGAAUAUUGGGAUGACUCUGCAAAAGUUCCUUACGCAGUUAUAGGUACAGAUUGGCUGAGUUACGACAACGAAAGAAGUCUGGAGGCUAAGAUUCAAUGGGCAUGCCAAAAUAAUUAUCAAGGGGUGAUGAUUUGGGAGUUAUCUCAAGAAAAGACUCAAUCCCUUAUUAGUUUCGUCCAAAAUAAGUUAAAUUAUUAUUGCGGGGGUGGUAGCACCAAUCCACCUGUUACAAAUCCACCUGUUACAAAUCCACCUGUUACAAAUCCACCUGUUACAAAUCCACCUGUUACAAAUCCUCCUGUUACAACCGCGCAUACUACGCAGCAUGCUAACCCUCCAGUAACAACCGGUGGUAAUAAUGGUUGCAUCUCGAAUACUAGUCAGAUUUGUAAUGGUAGAACAGGGUUUGCCAGUUAUCCACCGGAUUGCAAUAAGUACGUGGAUUGUAGAGUAGGGAAUUAUCCUCUCAUGACUUGCUCAUCUGGUUUAGUAUUUAACGAAGCUGGUCAAUACUGUGAUUGGACUUAUAACGUUAACUGUUCUCCAUGGGAGGACACAACUGUUACAAACUCAUCAUCAACAACCACAUACACGGAGGAAUCGACUACAACCGAGAGUAACUAUAAUUGCAGCACUGAUACUGAUACGAUGUGUAACGGUCAAUUACUUGCAAAAUAUCUUCCGGAUUGCAACAAAUACGUGGAUUGCCGAGCGAUAGACCGCCCUGUAAUGAGUUGCCUACCUGAUUUGCAAUUUGACGAAGCUAGCCACUAUUGUGACUUUGAAAAGAAUGUUCACUGUAUUCCGUGUGAGCCCUCCCACAUUUAA